AUGCGAGCCACGCAUUUCGAUGGUUCUGACGCAUCGAAUUGGAUUUCCCGUGUGGAAUACUAUUUUGACCAUAUUAUGAUGCCCGAUGAGGAUCGACUGCACUACGUGGUAAUGCUUUUCGACCCUCCAGCCGCAGAAUGGAUAUUUAACUAUAGACGCAACAAUCGAUACGUGACUUGGAGUGAAUUCUUGGAGGAGGUCCGCCACAGGUUUGAUCCGCAGAGUUUUCGGAAUUAUAUUGGGCCUCUAGCCAAAUUGGUGCAGACAGGAACCGUGUCCGAGUAUCACGACACAUUUGAGAAGUAUUUGAAUCGAGUGGAGGGGGUACCGGAUUACAUCUUAAUUCCGGUAUUCAUCGAGGGUCUUAAGAUGCCCAUUCAGGAGAAAGUCGAGCUGCAACAGCCGCAAUCGUUAGCCGAGGCCAUGGCAUUGGCCUUACGAUUGGCGGCGAAUCAGGAGCAUCGUUAUCAACAAACGUUGUCAUCUCAGAGACGACUAUGGCCUAGCCGCGAGUCACGCCAACAACCAAUGCUACCCUCUGUGUCCGACGGGAGUACUUCGCAGGGUUCGAAGGCAGGCAAGCAGCCCCAGGAACCGGAUCGCCCCCGCUUUGCUCCGAUCCGGGUGUCGAAUGCCGAGAAAUCCGAGCGCUCGCGCAAAGGCUUAUGCUGGCAUUGCCCGGAGAAGUACGCGCCGGGCCACGUGUGCGCGACAAAGCUACUAUGCUAUGUUGGGGACGAGGAUGAUGAAGAACCUGGUCAAGGACUGGAAUGUCCCCCACAGGAUGAAGACUUGAUCACAGAGGACAUAUCCCACCUGCAUUCCCUCACGGGGGGGAAACGGUCGGUUCCUUUCCAGGUCUUGGGAGAAUUGGGGGUCACGAAGGUGCGUAUUCUUAUUGAUACGGGAAGCACACAUAAUUUCCUACAUUCCCGUUUUGCGGAGCACCUACAGCUUCAAUUGUCAAGAAUCCGCCCUUUCCGGGUGUACGUGGGAAAUGACGCUUCAUUAAUAUGCUCCCACAUCUCGCGGCAGACUAAAUUAUCAAUGCAGGGCACUGAGUUCUUAACGGAUUUACACAUACUCGAUGUUCACGCCUGGGACGUGAUCCUCGGCAUGGAUUGGUUGGAGUCUUUGGGCCGGAUAUCUGCGGAUUUCGUAGGAAAGACAUUGGAGUUUCGACGAGGGGACAAAUCAAUAAUUUUACAGGGUCGGGUGCCGAGCCCGCAGCAGAUUUCACUACAAUCCUUGGCGCUACUGGCAUCGUUCUCCGCAGACCACGAAUUCUAUGAAAUCGUCACCCUAGGCCCCGACGAGGGAGCGUCGGCCAGUGAUGCGCCCGAGACGGAUUUCCCAGCCACGAUACCAACAGCCUGCCGCCGGGUUCUCGAGGCGCAUAGAGGAGUUUUUGAUCUACCGACGGGUAUGCCUCCACCGAGGUCUUUCGACCACCGGAUCCACCUGCUUCCGGGUACGAGACCGGUCAAUGUCCGACCAUACCGCUAUCCUUACUUCCAGAAGAAUGAAAUCGAACGGCAAGUAAAGGAGAUGUUAUCCCAAGGCAUAAUCCAGCGCAGUCAGAGCCCGUUCUCCUCACCGGUGCUGUUGAUUCGAAAGAAGGAUGGGACUUUUCGAUUUUGUAUUGAUUACCGCGCCUUGAAUAUGGCGACAGUCCCUGAUCAAUUCCCGAUCCCGACUGCUGACGAGCUAUUUGAUAAGUUGGGUGCGGCGAAGUAUUUCACUAAGCUUGAUUUACGCUCAGACUACCAUCAGAUCAGAAUGCACGACGCAGAUAUCUUCAAAACAGCUUUCAGAACUCACGAUGGCCAUUUCGAGUUCUUGGUAAUGCCAUUCGGUCUGACGAACGCCCCAUCUACUUUUCAGGCAGCAAUGAACUCUAUCUUCCAGCCUCUACUGCGAAGAUGUGUGAUUGUGUUCUUCGACGACAUCUUGGUUUACAGCCCGACGCUGGACGCACAUUGCGAGCACUUAUCAGAGGUACUAUCGCUCCUGAGCGCAAGUAAAUUCUAUGUUAAAUUGUCUAAAUGCUCGUUUUGCUGCACUACUGUCGAGUAUCUUGGACAUUUGAUUGCAGAUGGCACGCUCAAUGCGGAUCCUAAGAAAAUCGACGCUAUGACUGCCUGGCCGCCUGGCCUAUUCCAAAGAACGUGA